AUGACAGACAACGUGGUGGACAAGGUAGUGGAGGAGGUGGAAAAGGUGAAAAAGGAAUGGGAAGAGACGUACAGGAAAACGCAGGAGCACAUCGAGGCAAUCGCAGAAUACGGAAAAUCAGGAAGGGCGAAAGAGGAGAAAAUUUCACUGGCUAGGUUGAACGGGAUCACUCAGGAUGGCUUCACACUUCUCUCUUCCUUCCUUUUCACCCUCGAUCUUCUCGCCCCUCAGUUGCCCUCCCAAUCGGAGGUCCAUUCUGCUCGCCAAUUAGUUCAAUCCUGGAAAACCCUAAUCCAAAAUUUGCAGUCGAAUAGGAGGAAUGCCAAUUUGCAAGCGAAGGCUAACUUGAGGAAAGCUGCUCAGGAGGAGAGAGAACUACUUUUCGGUGGUGGAGAAGAGUCCACAGCUCGCAGGCGCAAUUUACAGACAAAAGCUGGAAUGACAUCUGCUGCAGAGAGCAUAACGGAAAGCCUUCGUCGUACUCGGCAAUUGAUGGUUCAGGAGGUUGAAAGAAACACAAGCACACUUAUGACUCUCGAUGAAUCAACUGGACUGUUAAAAAAGGUUGAAAGUGAAUAUAAAGGGCACCGCACUUUGUUGUCGAGAACACGAAAUCUCCUCUCCGUUAUGCAACGUCAGGAUGUCAUGGACAGGGUGAUACUUGGGGUUGGCUUUUUUUUGUUCUCCCUUGCUGUUCUUUAUGUUGUCUCCAAGCGGAUUGGACUACUUGCGUUGCAGAGAAAGGUUACUGAGGCCAUAAAAGCUGGUAUGGUGGGACAGGCAGAGCUAAGACCACAAGCUGUUGCAGAUGACUUGAAUCUUUAUCAAGUCAUAGACGAUCAUGUUCAUAAUAUAGAGGCUCCUUUAGAACAAAGAAUACAUGAUGAACUAUGA